GGGGGGGAGGGGCGGCCAAGAUGGCGGCGGUGAGGGGCCUCUUGGGGGGCUUGGUGGCUCUUCUCCUGUUGCUGCUGGGGGCCGCGCCCUCCGAGGCCCAGCGCAAGAAGGAGAUGGUGUUGUCUGAAAAAGUUAGCCAGCUCAUGGAAUGGACCAACAAAAGGGCUGUAAUUCGAAUGAACGGAGACAAAUUUCGCCGCCUCGUUAAGGCCCCGCCGAGGAACUACUCCGUCAUCGUGAUGUUCACGGCUCUUCAGCCUCACAGACAAUGUGUCGUGUGCAAACAGGCAGAUGAGGAGUACCAGAUUUUAGCCCACUCCUGGAGAUUUUCCAGCGCGUUUACCAACAAGAUCUUUUUCGCCAUGGUGGAUUUCGACGAAGGGUCGGAUGUAUUUCAGCUGCUAAACAUGAAUUCAGCCCCGACGUUCAUCAACUUCCCAGCUAAAGGGAAACCCAAGCGAGGGGACACCUACGAGCUGCAGGUGCGGGGCUUUGCCGCGGAGCAGCUGGCCCGCUGGAUAGCCGACCGGACGGACGUCAACAUCAGAGUAAUUAGGCCUCCAAAUUACGCCGGUCCCCUCAUGUUGGGAAUCCUUUUGAUUGUCAUCGGCGGGCUCGUGUAUCUUCGGAGAAGCAAUCUGGAUUUUCUCGCUAACAAAAAUGGAUGGGCCUUUUUAGCCUUGUGCUUUGUGUUCGUAAUGACAUCCGGCCAAAUGUGGAAUCAUAUAAGAGGACCUCCGUAUGCUCAUAAGAAUCCCCAUACAGGACAAGUGAAUUAUAUCCAUGGAAGCAGCCAAGCCCAGUUUGUAGUUGAGACGCACAUUGUUCUGCUGUUCAAUGUCGGUGUUACUUUAGGGAUGAUAUUUCUGCACGAAGCGGCUACAUCUGCUAUGGACAUAGGAAAACGAAAGAUAAUGGGCGUGGUUGGUAUCGGGCUCGUAGUCAUAUUCUUCAGUUGGUUGCUCUCUGUCUUCAGAUCUAAGUACCACGGCUAUCCAUACAGCUUUCUAAUGAGUUAAACCAGAUUCCAGAGGCGCCCAGACCCUGAAGCACAGCAUCUUGGAAAAUGUGUGUGUGUUUUGGAACAGAAGAGCUCCGACUUGUGUGGUUCAACCUACCCCUCUCACAGAGGAUAGCGACAGUUAAGCAUUGAACCAAAGAAGAUGCGUAUGGCCAUAUUGUCAACCAGCAACCCGCUGUCCACUCUGAAUCCGUGGAGUAUUAAGAUGCAUCCCUCCGCUUCCAUUUUCCAUCUCCUCCCCCUCCUCGCAAGCGACACAGAAUGUUCAACUUGGUGAAAAUCUGAAUAGAAAUGGAUCGCUGAUAUCCUUAGAAUACGUCUUUAAAGCUAAUUAGGAGAUGCUUAAACUUUCUCCUGUUCACCCUUGGGUCCCCUGAUGCAAUAUUUUUUCCACUCCAGGAUGAGAGGCUCUCGUGCUGAAUCCUCUUUCCCCACCCCUGGAAACUGCAGGGAUUUUUGCUAGAUUUCCAGUCAGCUUCCCCAUCCUUUCAAGGUUGUCGAUGUCCUUAAACAUCUCCGCUUCAGACGGAAAAAAACAGAUGGACAGUGGGCAAUCUUGCAGGCAGCUCAGGUUCUGAAAGCACACUUUUGAUAUUUAGAGACCAAGGUUCUCUACUGAUCUUUCUUCUUAAGCUCUUGGACAAAAAAACUACAGUGCCAUUCUACUCUGUAGCUAGAAUCAUAAAGUCUUCCCAAGGCAUAGAACUGUGUUUUUCUUAAGUGGGUUUGACUGGCCACAUAUGUAUUUAGAAAGCUUCCCGAUAAAUUCCUUUUCUCCCCGUUCUUUUUUGUUGGAAGGUUGCUUCUUCACAGUUUGGGAAUAUAAUGGAGGGUUGCUUUCCUCCUGACCGGCCCUCAGGAGGAGGCGUGAGAGGGCUUGAGUUGGCUGGAGUCCCCCAGCUGGAAAUAUUCCCGUCUCAAACCUCUGUAGCCCAGGAGAAGCUGAAGCAGUCAGGACCAACUUAGUUGCUCCUGGUUGGGUCUUGGUGGGCUUAAACACACAUGCAGAAACAAGUUGGAUCCCAAAAUGUGUGGUUCAUUUAAGUUAUUGCUUAGCAGCUCUCUUUGCUCACUUAGGGAGCAAGGGUAGAAAACCCUAGGGUUUUUGCUCUGUCCUCACUUUUUUUUUUUCCGGCCGUGGAAAUGCCACAAAUGAGAGCCGACUCAGUUAUGCUAAAAGAAAGCAAUGUCCAAAUAUACUUUUUUUUUCUUUUGGCCUUUCUGCUCUCCCUUGAGGAUUUGAUUUCCGUAAUAUGGAAGUUUAACUUUCUCCGUGGUCGGGGAAAGUCACCCACAAAUGCAGGUAGUUUAUACGAGGGAGAAGGAACCUGUUUUCCUAUUCAAAAAGGUAAAAAAAAAAUCCAAAAAACCCUCGAUUUUGUAGAAAAAGCAGUGACCACAGUGCCUCCUCUUUCACCGCGUCUUGCCUUCUGCCGCCUACUGUCUUUAACCUCCACCUAAUGGAGAGUUGUCCUGAAUCGAAUCUUGGGGAAGGAGAUGGGUGUGGCGGCCCCAGGUUGGAACGUCGACCGAUUUUUCUCUUCGCCAUCAGUAAGGGUGCCUCCUUCUCGUCGCCGUUUGCUCCCGUCUCAGCUUCCGGGCAGGAUUCCCAAAGGCGAAUCGUGUAAGACGCCUGCCGGCCUGGGCGAAACCGACGCCUCUGCAUCCGUUCGGCUGGGGAUGUUUUGCCGUAAAGAAUAAGACGGCGAGAACUUUCUCUCUUGUUUCGGCUUCUUCAUCUCGAAGUCUUCUUUCAUACGGAGGAGGGGCAGCCUUUAAGCUGAACAGUCUGUGAAAAAUAGAUCCUGCCACCUGGAAAACAGCGUGUUAUUUUUAUGCAACUUUUGAAGUGAAGUGCCUUAACUAGACUAAUGUACUUUUCCAUCCGUGAUUUGAUUGUCACCUGUUGAGGGUUUUUUUUUUUAAAUAAUCAAUACUGUUCCGAGUGACCAACUCUAGCGGUAGAGAGAAUUGAUUUCUGGACAACUUUUCAAUAAACUGUUUUUCAGUCUGAAUCAUAA